AUGCCGAAACCGGGGGCGGAGAAACGAUCGCGGCCAGAUGAUGACAGCAGCGAUGAACACAAUAAAUCGCUAAAACGACUGAGGCUGGCAGAGGAGGAACUCCAAAUCUCGAGAUGGGAUAUUGGCAGAGAAAGCCCCGCGGAAGCUACCCCAGCCCGCGAUCCUAACAAUGCUGCUCAUCCGCUUGGGACAGCAGAGGCUUGUAAAGCGGAAUAUAAGUACGAGCCGUUAGAUCCAUCCAAGAAUGAGACUAGACUUCUUUGCAUUUUGCCAAUCCAGGACAACCAACACCAAUCGGAAACCAAAAUGGUACACUGCACUCUUUCUCCGGCAUCCCUGGAUGUUCCUCCAGUUUUCGAGGCAUUGUCAUAUACCUGGGGAGGUGAUUCAAACCCAUCGCAAAUAAUUCUGGACGGAAAGCUAUUUUCAGUGAGGAGCAACCUUGGAACCGCCCUUCAACACCUUCGAUAUCCGUCGCAUACUAGGAUAAUAUGGGUCGACGCUAUAUGCAUCAAUCAAGAAGACACCAAGGAGCGUAGUAAGCAAAUUUCAAAAAUGCGAACAAUCUACCAGCUUGCCAGUGGCGUCAUCUCAUGGGUGAGCGGUCCAACCACAGUAACCAAACUGGCCUUCUCCCUACUAGAUCAACUGAACGAACGGCAACGCGGUGAAAUUGGCCGUGACACUCGAACUAUUAUACAUGAUCCUGAUAAUCUUCUCGGCUGGAAAGCCUUCUUGAGGUUCCUUCAUCUUCCCUACUGGUCGCGAGUCUGGAUUAUACAAGAACUGGUAAUGGCGAGAACGAUCACCAUUGUCUGCGGAGAGGACAAGAUUAGCUGCACCCAUUUGAUAGCCAUCCAGAAGCUGCUGGAGGUAUUCAAGAGCGACUUAAAGCAGCUCAUUCCCAAGGAUCCCAUAUUCCGGGACACAAAACGAUGGACCGAUACCGGACCGAGAAAUAUGACGGCUGGAUUCGAGAAUGUUUUAUCUGAUCCACCCCCGCUGGUGGAUACUAUUAUCACACAUCAAAAUAAGGAUGCAUCCGAUGCUAGGGAUAAGAUCUAUGCCCUCAUCGGCUUGACAAAUGCCAGGGACAGCUUCGAGAUUGACUAUGACAAGAGUAUAAGGGAGGUAUAUAUGGAUGUAGUGAAAUAUGCCCAUGAUACUACUGGCCGGCUUGAUAUCGUAUUCGAACGCCCACGAGAAGCGCCCAAGUUCCAACUCCCUACUUGGGUACCAGACUGGAGUUCCAGAUUUCAACUCAUAAGUCGUCUACACAUGGUUGGCAACGGUAGUCCCGCGGAAGUUGUAUUCCGUCUCAAGGAAGGCAUUAUGGAUGCAAAAGGGUUUUGUUUUGAUAAAAUUGCGGCAAUUUCUGAAGAAUCCAAGACGCAGUAUGCUUUCGACGACGAUGUUCGCUACACUAUACUGGAUUUCCAUGCUUGGCGCGGGUUUUUCCGGGCCAAAAAAGGCAGCGCGAGCUACUCAAUUGAGGAUGAUGAAGCCUUCUGUCGCACACUCGUAGGUAACUGCUUUCAGAAUAAUCCAGUCAAAAAUUCGACUAGCCGAUCCGGCUACUACCACCUAAUCGGCGCCAUAGCCCGAAAAUCAUUGAUAUUCCAUCCAAACAUUGAACUCGAUGAACAGCUUAUGGAAGCUACUCACAGCUGCGAUGAUCAGUGGGAUCACGCUCGGCGCGAUGCUUGGAGCUCGAUGUUAGUUGGUUGGAUUACAACUGCCGUGCGAAAGCGACGAUUUAUCAUUUCAUCUGAGGGGCGAACAGGCCUUGCCCAACGGACAGUGAAUGAGGGGGAUAUGAUUUGUAUUAUUCGGGGGUUCAAGCGGCCUGUAAUUUUACGACCCCGACAAGAAGGGGGGUUUAUUUUCUUAGGGGAGGUAUACAUAGAUGACGGUAAGAAAUCGAGCGCCGAAGAGGAGUUAGAGGCAGGGAAACAUAAGUUGGAAAUUUUUGAAAUACAUUAA